UCUAAUGGUACUCCUCCCCUAUUGCGUGUACAUAUUUUUUUAAAAAGAAAGAGAGAGAGAGGAGUGAAAAUCAGAUCAGACAACGAUGGUGUUUUACUGUGCUACACACCUUUCCGCAGGCGUCAAUCAUACGAAAACGUCCACAGCCCAUCUCAAUUAAAAUCUCAGAGCACUCUGUAACACAGUCGUUUGAUAUACUUACUGCACAUUCUGCUUACUAGAAGGAAUCCUACUCUACUCUCUGUAUAUGUUCAUGUAUUAGAUGCUUGCAUUUACAAGAAAACCCCUUCAGAGGGUAAGCAAAUCCACUUUCACAUCAAUGACAGGGGAUACCCAUUUGCCUUCAGGCACAUUUCUACAAAACACACUUAUCAACAUGUAUGACAAGUGCGGAAGUUUACUCGAUGUUCGCAAAGUAUUUGACCGAAUGCCUGAGCCAGACGUCUUCUCAUGGAAUGUGACAAUUACAGCUUACAAAAGCCAGGGAUAUUUUCGAGAGGCAUUCACACUGUUUCACCAAAUGCAACGAACAGAUAUCCAACCCGAUCACUUCACCUUCUCCACUAUUCUCCCCGUAUGUGCCAGCACGGCAUCUUUGAAAGAUAGUACACAAAUACAUGGAAAAGCCAUUAUAUGUGGAUUUCAAUCUAACAUUAUUGUGAUGAAUGCUCUGAUAGCCAUGUAUGCUAAAUGCGGAUGCAUAGCUGAUUCAAGCAAACUGUUUGACAAAAUGGCCCAACGAGAUGUGGUCUCCUGGUCUGCAAUUGUUGCUGGAUAUGCACAAAAUGGGCUUGUUCAAGAAGCUGUUGAGAUAUUUAGACAAAUGCAAUCGGAAGGCGUAAAUCCGAACUCAGUGACGCUUGCCAGUGUGCUCCCAGCUUUUACUAAAAUGGGUGCUUUGGAACAGGGUAUGGAGAUUCACCAGAAAAUAAUGGAAAGCAGAUUAUUAUCAAACGUUGUUGUUAUGACUGCCCUGAUAGACAUGUAUGCAAAAUGUGGAACCAUAGAUAAGGCACGAGAGUUGUUUGACAAAAUGCCUCAACGAAAUGUGGUGUCAUGGACUGCAAUUAUUGUUGGAUAUGUGCAAAAUGGACUCGUUGAGAAAGCCUCGCAGCUUUUUAAGCAAAUGCGAUUGGUAGGUGUAAAGCCAAACAGAGCAACCUUUGCUACCAUCAUCCCAGCAUGCGCCAAAAUGGGAGCUUUGGAUCUGGGUAUGGAGAUCCAUCAAGGAAUAAUAGAAAGCGGGUUUUUGUCAAAUAUUGUAACUGUGAAUGCGUUGAUAGACAUGUAUGGAAAAUGUGGACGAGUGCAGAUGGCACAGAAGUUGUUAGACAAAGUGCCUGAACAUGAUGUGGUUUCAUGGAAUACAAUGAUCGUAGGAUAUGCACAAAAUGGUUAUGUUGACAAAGCCUUAGAGAUUUUUAAGCGCAUGCAAUCGGUACAUUUAAAGCCAAACUCAACAACAUUUGCCAGCAUCCUCCCAGCUUGUGCCAAACUUGGAGCUUUGGAAGAGGGUAUGGAGAUUCAUCAAAAAAUAAUUAAAAAUGGUUUCUUAUCUGAUACUGUGGUUGUGAAUGCCCUGAUAGGCAUGUAUGCAAAAUGUGAAACGAUGCAGAAGGCAUGCGAUUUAUUUGACAAACUGGAUAAUGCAGACGUAGUCUCAUGGAAUGUAAUGAUUACAGGAUAUGCUCAAAAUGGUGUUCUAGAUGAAGCCUUAAAGCUAUUCAAUGAAAUGCCUCAUCGAAAUAUGGUAUCUUGGACAGCAAUCCUUUCUGGAUGUACCCAACAUGGGUUUGCUGACAAAGCACUACAGAAUUUUAAGCAAAUGCAAUUGGCAGGUGUAAAGCCACAUGCAGCAUCCUUUGCCAGCAUCCUCCCAGCAUGUGCGAAAAUUGGAGCUUUGGAACAGGGUAUGGAAAUCCAUCAUAAAGUUAUAGAAAGUGGAUUUUUAGCCGAUACAGUUGCAAAUUCCCUGAUAGACAUGUAUGCAAAAUGUGGAAGCAUACAGAAGGCGCGUGAAUUGUUUAACAAAAUACCCCAACGAAAUGUGGUCUCAUGGAAUGCAAUGAUUGCAGGAUAUGCAGUGCAUGGAUAUAGCAAGGAUGCCCUCGAGCUCUUUGAAUCUAUGAAAACCUCUGGAACUGAUCCUGACCGUGUAAGUCUUGUUUGUGUUUUAUUUGCAUGCAGCCAUGCGGGUCUAGUGGAUGAAGGCUGUAAAUAUUUUAGUGCCAUGAGCGACUCUUAUUGUGUCAUGCCUACAAUUGAUCAUCAUAUAUGCAUGGUUGAUCUUCUUGGCCGUGCUGGCCAUCUUGAGGAAACCUUUAACUUCAUUAUCAAAAUGCCAAUACAACCUGAUGCGGUUGUGUGGAUGUGUUUGCUUGACACUUGUCGGUCACAUAAGAAUAUAAUGCUAGGAGAAUUUGUGGCAAUAAUUCUUUUCGAGUUGAACCCAAAAAAUGCUGCACCAUAUGUUCUUCUGUCAAACAUGUAUGCAGAAGUGGGUAGGUGGGGAGACCGUCAAAAGAUAAGGAAAUCAAUGGAAGAUGGAGGGAUUAAAAAGAUACCUGGAUGCAGUUGGAUUGAAGUCAACAAAGCUGUACAUAUUUUUUGUGUGCGAGACAUAUCUAACCCACAAACACAGGAGAUAUAUGAAAAACUAGAGAAGCUGUCUUAGAAAAUGAAAGGUAGUGUUGGGACGUGAAGUCUAAUGGUUAUGAUCAUUCGUCUUUUAGAGACUCUUUGCUUGAAGGCUCUAUAUGAUUAUAAAUACAGUCCAUGCUUGAGAAGAUGGUAUUUUGUAUUGUAUUGUGUUAUUGAUUAAUAGAAGAACUCCCAGCGUUUCUGGUGGACGUAGCCACUUAGUGGUG